GAUAACUUUCUCACUCUUGUUGCUGUUUUGGUUUUGUUGUUUUGGCGGUUUGUUUGGUAUAGAAAACAUACUUCUCAUAUUAUUUUCUCCCCUUAUUAAUUGUGUUUCUAUUCAAACAGUGGAAAUUAUGUCUAAAUCAAUUCAUUGCUUCAAAUUGCCUUUUAAAAUUAAAGAAACAUUAGUAAAACAUCGCUUGGCUAUGUCUGGUGACUUAUCUAAUCUCAGUAUCGAGCAACUGAGUAAAAUUACCCAUCUAUCACUGGAUGAAUGUGAAGAAGUGGUUAAAGUAAUUAAUAAUAAAGAAUCGUUAUAUUUUGAUCCUGCUUCUAUUUUGCUGAAACGUGAGCUUGCUCCUGGAUCUACAAUACCAACCCUAAGUGCAAAAUUAAACAAUUUGCUGUGCGAUGGUUUUCCAUUAGGCCGUCUAUGUGAAAUUGCGGGUGCUUCUGGAGUUGGUAAAACUCAAAUAUGUUUUCAGCUAUGUGUUACAGUCCAAUUACCCGAAGACAUUGGUGGCUUGGGUGCGGAUUCUCUUUACAUUGAUGUCGACAAUUCAUUUCGUUUCAACCGGAUCGCUGAAAUUAGUGGCUUUCUAAGAGAAAAGACUAGAAACAUGAUAGAUUUUGACGAAGAACGGAUUUCUGAACAUAUCUUCGUUGAAAGAUGUGAAGAACUGUCUCACCUUCAAGUCUUGGUAUUGGAAAAAUUGGAACCUUUCAUCAAACAAAAUCCACAGGUUCGCUUAGUUAUAAUCGAUAGUAUUGCGUACUUGUUACGUUAUGAUUUCAAAGGAAAAGCAGAAGAACGAAAUGCCCUCAUCUGGAACAUGAGCAACAAGUUAAGAGAGAUCGCUGCAACUUAUAACUUAUGUGUUAUUGUUACAAAUCAUGUUAGAUAUGAGCCUGAAUCUGGAAAGGAAAAACCUGCUCUUGGUAAUCGAUGGGGUCACUAUUGUGCACUCAGACUAUUUCUGGAAAAGCAUGCAGAAUCUGGAGUCCGAGUCGCUACGCUCACAAAAUCUGUAAAUCAACAGGAAGCAUCCAUUCAUUUUAAAAUUGGACCUCAAGGUGUUUAUGAUGCUGAAGAGCCGAUUGAAAGGGCAACUGGCUCAAGAAACCAAGACUGGUAGUGAUGUCGAUUCUUGUAAUGAAAAUCAGAUGACUCCUUUCUUGCCUCGCGUUGAUGACAUUUUUGUUGCUCUGUUUUAAAUUACUGAUUUGUUUGUAUUCGAAGCUGUUAAUUUUUAAUACACAAAUUUUAAUUACACCAGCUGUAUCGUGCGUAUUUUCACGUAGGACGCACAUUUAACGUUCAGCCAUCAAGAACCUUUGUAUACCUUAUUUCCAUACUUUAGAUUUCCGUACCUUAAUUUUUAAAGUUGACUAAAUUUACCUGAAAAUAAUUAUCAACCGCUUCUUGUAAAUAAAAACAAAAUAUCAAAAAUCAUUAUAACAAUCAUAUUUUAUUAAAAAGUCGAAACAUUCAAACCC